AUGGACGCUCAAAAGAGCAGUCAAGCAAAGCUUACAAGAACGCAAUCUUCACUCCUCCGUUCAUCUCCCACUAUUCGAUCAUCCAUUCACAGCUUAACUUCUGUAGCCGAAGAGGACGUUAUCAAAACCCAGCAGCAGCAGCAGCAACAACAACAAAAACUUGAAGAUGAUUUAGAAGAACAGAAAAAAGUAAAGCCGCAUCGGUCUGGUUCAACCCCAAGAAGAACCGGUUCAACCCGGUUCACACCAGUUAUCACAAUGGUUUCGCUCAUUUUUUUCACUCUCUUUUCUAUCUCUUUCUUCUUCUUCUUCUACUUGAGAAGAGAAGAAAUCCCCACAUCAGAGAAUCUUUUAUUGGCUUUGAUUUUCGUUGCUAUAACUCUCUUCUUUGCAAGCAAGAACAAGAACUUAAUCAACCAGAAUUUGAUAGUUUUCAAGCAGUUAUGGGAAGAGAACACCAAAAGAUUCAACCUGUGUAAUUCAAGAACCAAAUCAAAGCAAGUCCAAUGGUUUAUUGGAGACCCAAAUGUUAACAACAAUAGUAAAGGCAAGAAAUUAGAGAAGAGGGUUAUAAGAGAAGGAGUGGAGUUUUAUAGCAAUGGGGAUUUUUAUGAAGGAGAGUUUCAUAAAGGCAAGUGUAAUGGGAGUGGGGUUUAUAAUUUCUUUGUGAAUGGGAGAUAUGAAGGUGAUUGGAUUGAUGGAAGAUAUGAUGGUUGUGGAAUAGAGAGUUGGGCUAGAGGGAGUAGAUAUAGAGGGCAAUAUAGACAGGGUUUAAGGCAUGGUUAUGGGGUUUAUAGGUUUUAUACAGGGGAUUCUUAUGCUGGUGAAUGGUUCAAUGGGCAGAGUCAUGGUGUUGGAGUGCAGACUUGUGCUGAUGGGAGUUGCUAUGUUGGUGAAUUCAAGUGUGCGGUCAAGCAUGGCCUUGGUGUUUACCAUUUCAGAAAUGGAGAUAGAUAUGCAGGAGAAUAUUUUGGAGACAAAAUGCACGGCUUUGGUGUUUAUCACUUUGCCAAUGGCCACUGCUAUGAGGGAUCAUGGCAUGAAGGACGGAAGCAAGGCUAUGGCAUGUAUACUUUCCGCAGUGGCGACACUAGAUGCGGGGAAUGGGAUGGUGGUGCCCUCAAGACCCCUCUACCUCCUUUAACUGAAGCUGUCCUACGAGCUGUUCAGGCCGCCAGAAAAACAGCAGAAAAUGCCAUUCGCUUGCGCAGGGUGGAUGAACCAGUGAACAAGGCAGUUCAGGCUGCAAAUAGGGCUGCAACUGCAGCUAGAGUCGCUGCAGUCAAAGCUGUCCAAAACCGGAUAGAUGGCAAAUUUUGCGAUACUAAUGUUUGA